CUCUAUAAAUAAAACCUGAGGCGCUGGAAACAGGAGCGGAGUGGAUGUCAGCUUGGCGGGGAGACAGAAGUCACUUCUGACAUUUGUCAUCAGUAAACUGCUCUGUGGUUUGCCAGGAAAAGGCGGGACUCACUUCCACUGGACUGACCUUUUUAAAUUAUUGUUGUGCACCAUUAUAUUAAUUGAUAAAGUAUUUAUUUGGACCGUUUUUAACUACAAACCUGAAAGAUGCCCGCCGGGACUUUCGAGAGAACAUCUCCAUCCGCUGUGGCUGCCACACCAGCAAGUGGAGAGUCCACACCCGAAAAACCCCGCACUGUGUCAGAGAACAGAAAGUCCUCCAAACCUAUCAUGGAAAAGCGCAGACGCGCACGCAUCAAUGAGAGUCUGGGCCAGCUGAAGACCCUCAUCAUGGACGCACUCAAGAAAGAUAGCUCCAGACACUCCAAACUGGAGAAGGCAGACAUCCUGGAAAUGACCGUGAAGCACCUCAGGAACCUGCAGCGGCUUCAGAUGACUGCUGCUGUGAACACAGACCCAUCCGUCCUUGGUAAAUACAGAGCUGGGUUCAGUGAGUGUGUUGGAGAGGUCACUCGUUUCCUGUCCACGUGUGAAGGGGUGAACACAGAGGUGAGGACUCGCCUCCUCAGUCACCUGGCAGCCUGCGUGACCCAAAUCAACGCUGUGAACUUCUAUACACCUCACCCAGCUGCGCCGGGACUUGCAGGACAGAACAGCACACAGCUCCCAGCUGCCUCCGCUCCACAGAUGCCCUGUAAAAGUGGUGUCUCCCCAGACAUGAUGAAGCUGUACAGUGGCUUCCAGGUUGUGCCAACACCGGAUGGACAGUUCGCUUUUCUUGUUCCCAGUGCAGCUCUCAUGCCUUUGAGUGCACAGAACAGCCAUCAUAUAUCACCUGUUGCACCUCCGGUCACCUCAGACUCUGUGUGGAGGCCGUGGUAGGAAAUCAGCUGAAGGACUAUGACACAAUAAAACAUAUUUUUGUACAUUUUGUAAAUGUUUUCAAAUCCUACUCAAGAGGGAUGUUUACACACAUUUGUGUUUUUGUUUUAUGGACAUUUGGAGAUAUCUUUGGCCUCUUUGCUCGCUGUGAUUUUGAUUUGCCUCAGGAGGUCAGGAAAAUCCAUGAAAAGCUCUUGAAAAGCACUGUAUUUUUUGAGAUUAAUAAAAUGUU